UUUACCGUCGCAAAUGGAUCUUGUGACGCCAUCUAUUGCAACGCUAACAUUUCUGUCUCAAAUGCUCAAUCUGUCGUCGCGAAAAGUAUUUGCUACGGCAAAAUACUAUUUGCGGUCGCAAACUGCCGUCGCAAUUGAAGUUUUUUUUAGUAGUGUAAUUGGGCUAUUUGGAUGGCCUGUUCUUCCACGGUGGUGACCCCUACUACCAUGACUUGCAUAGCGAAAGAGGCAUCUUCCAAAAUCUCUUCCUUUUGGUUAUUAGGAUAUGAUUUGGGGCAUAGGGUGUGUAUGCAGAUCAACACUGGCAAUGGGCGAGGGAGAAUGUUUUGUUGAGUUGCUUAAGCAUGUUGAACACCCUUGCUUCGUGAUGUUGGCCCCCACUGUUGUGAAAGUGGUGAUCAUCUUCCACGACUUGGAUGGAUGAAUUGUGAAUCUCACAAGUUGAGACGACCUUUUCCGAACGAUACAAUUGUUAAGGUUUCUACUCAUUUUUGGAGUAGGUACCUUAUUGGUCUUGUUUGUUGAUUUGAGUUGAAUCAUCUUUGAAGUCAUUUGUUGAGGAUGGCGACUUGAGAUUGUCAGAGAAAGAGAUGAGAGGCAGAGAUGGUCCUACUGGGCGUGCCAAUUUGUAAACACGAAAAUCCUGCAACGAAUGAAAGAAUGACACGUCACUACUAAAAACAAUUGCUUUUGCGGCAGCAAAUUAGGCUUUUGCGGCGGACAAUUAAGCCUUUUGCGACGGAAAUGUUGGCAUUGCAAUAGGUGGCGUCACAAAAUCCAUUUUCGACGGUAAAAUGCCGUCGCAUAAGGGUAAGAGGAAUGGCGAUGGUUCCAGGCAACUGAUGUGGGAGAUAGUGAAGAAGAACAACUCUUUUCUGGUGAAGGAGUUCGGCAGAAGCCACGCCGGCGUUAGGUUCAGCAAGGAGCCCAGCAACCUCUUGAAUCUCCACUCCUACAAGCAAUCUGGGUUGGCAAACAAAAAAACUGUGAUAAUUCAGUCCAGUAAGGACCAAUCUGUGUUGCUGGCGACGACUACGACCAGGAAGCAUCUGAUAGUGAAUUGCAUGAUUGCAUAUGAUAGUUUCCAACUUUACAAAGUGAAUUGUAACCAGAGAAUGCAGGGCAUAGGAAAUAGAGUACGUAAGACUUGAAUGAUUUCAAGUUGUAUGCUUGGUAACGUUGCAAGUAUUGAGAUUAAACUUAUAGGAUAAGAGGAAGCAUUGCCUCUCAUUUUAUGUCUUGUGAUAUGUACUUAUUCAAUGACUAGUUAUUUAAUGUGAAAGGAAAGGUCACCGGGUUUUGAUAGGUAUGUGAAAUGUGAAAGGAAAAUUCAAAGUCGUUCUGUUUAUAGUGGUUCUGGAUUACCUGGUAUUGAACUGUUAUAUGGUUAUUUAAAUUUCUUAUGCAAA